UUUCCAUCUUCCUCCACUCCAUCCCUCUCCUUCUUCCCUAUUCCUUUCACCUCCUCCCUCUCUCUCCCUUAAUUUCUUUCUUUUUAUUUGAACAGAAAAAAAAAAAAAAUUCCCCCAAAAAAAAGGUUUCUUUGAUGCCACCAUGUCUAGCGAAAGAGGCAAAGAUUUCGCAGAAGGAUCUUCAUCCUCUCCCACUGAUCAUCAUCACCAACAACAAAAUCAGCAGUCUUCGUCAUCGGCUACUCCAAGCCGAUACGAAUCACAAAAACGAAGGGACUGGAACACCUUUGGACAAUACUUGAAGAACCAAAGGCCUCCAGUCCCACUGUCCCAGUGCAAUUGCAACCAUGUGUUGGACUUCCUUAGGUAUUUGGACCAAUUUGGGAAGACAAAAGUGCACCUCCAAGGCUGCAUGUUUUUCGGACAACCCGAACCGCCAGCACCGUGCACUUGUCCACUUAGACAAGCUUGGGGAAGCCUUGAUGCUCUUAUUGGAAGGCUUAGAGCUGCUUAUGAGGAAAAUGGAGGCUCGCCAGAGACUAACCCUUUUGCAAGUGGUGCAAUCCGUGUGUAUCUGAGGGAGGUCAGGGAGUGUCAAGCUAAAGCUAGAGGAAUACCUUACAAGAAGAAGAAAAAGAAGACAAAUCAAAGCAAAGGAAACGACGAAUCAAGUUCUACCAUUCAGUUUUCUUGAUUCCUUUUGGCUGUUUCGGAAUAUGGGUGGGUCAUCUGGACAAUAAAAGAUAUGAAAAAGGAUUGUUAGGCAAAAUAUCUUCACGUUUCGAGUAUGUUGGUUUUGAUUGUGGUUUUUUCGAGCCUAUAGUGUUAUAUUAUCAAAGGUGGUUGACCCAUAUAUCUCUUCUGGCAUAUGCUGGCCAAUCUAGCUAGGAGUUUUCAUUGUGUUUUCAUUUUUUUUUGUUUUUCCUUUUUCUUUUCUUCAUUUGGGAAUUUGUAAGAGAACUUGGUUGAUCGAACUCUUUGUGCAUGUAAAUAUCGGUUUACGGCGGGAUAUUCUGCAGCUGUACUUGCAGUAAUUCUCAGCUAGCUUAUUCAGAAUACUAUGAUGUUUUCUCUACAAACUGCCUCUCUCUGAAAUUUAAAAUACUACCCAU